AUGUCGGUGAAGGUUUUCGUGGAGAGGAAGACCUUCUUGGUUAAGUAUGAAGGCGAGCAAGGAGGAACGUGGUGUUCGAUCACAGAGCACAGUAGAGGCUCUGAUUUCGUCUUAGGUUUUGAAAAGGAAGCAGUGGGGUGGAUGAUCAAACAUUUGACGAAUGCCAUAGAAAGGGAGGGUCAUCUAGGUUUUAACAGAAAGAUCAGGGGAAAACGUUGUGUCCACUUGAUGGAAGUUGGUUUCAACGACCAUGGAAGGUUCAUAAGGAUAUCAGAGUUUGCUACCAAGAGAAGAUAUUGCUGUUUGAUUAUUCCAGAGGGCAAGGAGGGCAGAGGGUGGGAGAAUAUUAGAAGUGCGCUGUCUUCAAUGUUGGUGGUCCCCUCGUCGAAAACAGCUGAGAAAGGAAGGCAACACAGAGGAGAAGGUUUCCCACAAAAUCAGGUGGGUCCCUUGCAAAGGUCUUUUGCGAAAGUGGUCAGUGGCGAAGGAACAAGAGAAGGCGGCCUUAUUUCUAUCGGGAGAUGGGCGCGUGCAGUGGUGUGUGAAUGCAAUGAGGAUAGGGUCAACUGGGUUGAGGUUGGCCGAGUGGUGGCGAGAAAAUUAGGGAAGAAAGGCGUAGUCACGAUUGUACCAUUCUCAGGCGGAAAAGGAGUUUUCUUCGUCGAAACAACAGAGGAAGCUAUAUUUCUCCAAGACUUGAGGAAGUUACGGGUUGAGGGAAGGAUUUCAGUACAGAUGAGAAGAUGA